UUGAACAGAACACAACAAAAUUAUAAAUAGUAACGAUAUUUUUAAUAUUAAUUUCGAACACAAACAUGUUUUCGUUUAAUUGUUUUACUAGUACAUGGUUUUCAGAUGCCAGUUCUAACUUUGACAUAAUUUCAGAGUUGCCGUUGGAAAUAUCACUUAUGAUUUUUCGGAAAUACUUGAAUGGAGCCGACAUAAAUGCCGCUAACAGCGUUUCAAAAAGAUGGAGAAAUUUUUGUCGUAGUGAUAAAAAAAUACGUGAAAAAUUGAUCACCUACCGCAGAAAUAAAGAAAAAGCAUAUAAAGGCUUGAGAUUUUAUCGACUCUGCAAGGAUUCGGGUUCACUAAAAGAAACCAAGACGCUUUUGAAGAAAAAAAAGAAGAAUCGCUUAAUUUCAACUGGCAAAAAUCUACUUUGUCUCAGCAUUAACAAAAUACUUCUAUCCAAAUUGAGAUUCCCGUCGUCAAAUAAAAUAAUUUUAAUAAAGUUAAACAGAUUAUUAAAAAAGUUUACCAAAUGGAAAAAUUAGCAGUCAGUGACUCAAAUUUACAAAAUGAUACUUUACAUAAGAACUCUGAAAAUACAGGUAUAAGACCUUCGGAAAAUGCAUCAAAUAAUAAAAUUUCUAUUUUGUCUGAUAUACAUAAGAUUCGUUUGGAUCGCUUAAAACAAACCUGUGAAAUGUUGUCAUGGUUAUCAAAAAAAAAAUAUAUCCACGACUUGAAUUACCGCGAAAAUUUAGACUGGGAACACAGAGUACGUUGCGACGGUACACCAAAUCCAAGAAUAGUGCAAGAACUCAACACAUACCUUUUUGUUUGGAGAGAAAUGUACAAGACUGGAGAGAAUGUAAAUGAUUUUGUAACCAAGUGCUUGGAAAUCUUUAAUAUAAUGGAUGCCGUAGAUGAUAUUGUGGACUUGCCCUUAAACUUCAAUAAAUUCAAACUACAGUGUUUUCGUGAAGUAAGAGACAACUUGGGAAAACUUUUAUUAGAAACCGUAUAUAGUACUUGUUAUCAGCUGUUGAGUGAUUAUGAACGCAGGAUGAAACCGUUGGAUUUGGAAACUGUAGGAUAUCAGCAGUUAUGUGAUGCUUUUGCGGUAGGUUUAUUUGCAGUAUGUCAUAAGCCCCGGUUAUUAACAGACAAUCGAGAUCCACCUAAGUGUGACUUUCCUGAUUGUCUUGUAUCAGUAGAAAUCCCAGCUCAACUAUCACAAACUUACAUGUCAGUGAUGGCACUGUGGUUACGAUGGGAUCCAUUUAGCGAUAGAAUGUCGGAAUUUGAUGUUUCUCAAUUACCAGAUUCGGAUAACCGUAAUCUUUACCAAUUUUUGAUGGAUGAAUUGAACGAAAAGGAGCGAUUAAUAGAAGAAAUUAAUAAAGAGAAAACGCGAGCAGAACAUAUGUUAUGGUUGUCUAAAAUGGCUGAAAAAUUCAAAGUAUUUGCUAAUGUUGACCAUAAUUAUUACCCAGACGAUCUCAAAACAUAUCUAGAAGAAAUUGAAGGUAAACCAUUAAUAUCUGUUCUUACAGAAUCUAUAAUAGAUGAUAAAGAAGAUGGAAAAGAAGAAGAAAGUGUUAUUAAUGAAGAAAUUGACAAUGAGUCAGAAAGAAUACCACACGUUACAAAUACACCAUUAAAAGAAAACCAAAUUCAAAAAAUUAAUGUACAACUAACAAGUUCAAUUAAACUUAAAAAGACUCUAAGCGCAGAACUCGAAAGAAGAGAAAUAGAAAAUAAAGAAAAAAUUUUAAAAGCUUUAAAGUAUACUGAAAAAGCAUAUGAACUCAAUCCUAGAAGAUACUGGAUAAUUGGAGGAGCAUUUAAUGUAGAAAUGUGGAAACUGCCUAUGCAACCAGUUCAACAUAAAGAUGGUACAAUAGUUGUGGUACUAGUUGGGCCACCAGUACUUCAACCCUUAGAAUAUUUUGAAAAAUAUGAGCCAUUGCAGCUGUCAUCGAUGAUGUUUUCCUCGACGUCAUCUGAAGAUGAAGAGACAGAUAUAAAAAAACAAAAUCAAGAAGCUCUUCAGAGACUCGUCUUAAUAACAAUCAAGCUACCAGAGAACAUGCUAUGGUUCGAAAAUCCAAAACCGGCCAUGUGGAAUGAAAAUAAAAAAGUAUGGACGACUGAUUGCAUACAUGACAUAAGAUUCAACGACGAAAAACAAACUGUUUCGUUUCGGACAGGUCGUAUGGGAUCUUUUGGAUUAGCCGUGAACCGUUAUUCGAAUUUUCCAUUUCAGUCUUGGGAAAUUCGGCCAGAAGGAGUAGCUGCUGACACUGGUGUGAUACUCUCAAUAACAGCAGCUACGGUGCUUGUUGAAUUUUCCGUGCGUGGAGAUUUGGCGGCCGUUGUACAGAUUCAAAAUGCUACCACAGCAGCUCUACAAGAAAUCAUCGGUAUAUAUUAUAGACCUGAAAGACUUAUGCGAAUUCUGAGUCGUGGCGGUAUCAAUUUGUUUCCAGCACCUGACGCUGAACUUUACGUGGAUGGCAACCGACCGCCAAAACACGCAGUAGCCGAACGGCAUACUUAUCACUGUAUGGCCGUGUUAAGCGCUACUCAUCAGUUCAUUGCGUCCCGGUGGAACGUACACGCUGGGCCUGACAUUAUGGUGUUUCAGAUGAAAGAGAUCAGCGAGGGAGGUCACUAUAAAAUGGUGAUGGCCACACCGGAACGAACAGUGUACUUGAAGUGCAAUGAGGUUAGUCAAGCUUUUUCUGAUGAAAUGGAACCCGGAUGUCCGUUAACACCAGACCUUUACUCAUUAAUAGAAGAAACGUGCUCAGACGAAAUUAAAACAAAAAUGAUCAACUUAGAUUUUAAAACAAUCGAAACCUUAUACUUUUUGAUGAAAAGUAUAAAAAUUUUAAGCUACUCUUGAAUGGAAUAUCAUAAAAAAAUUACUUAUGUUAAUUUCAUAUUUUGAUACAAUCGACAGACUGAAUUUUUAUUAUUUUUCACUGAAAUUACUCUUAAAUAUAUUCAAAAUUCAACUAUGUAAUUACAAAACUGUGCAAAUAAUUUCGAAACUUACAUGAAAAAAAAAAGUAUAUAAAUUUAGUUUUAUUCAUUUUUUUAACGGGACUAAUAUUUAACUUAAUUAUCUACCGCUUCAAAACUAAGAAACGAGUAAUAUAAAACCAACUUUAUAACUUUUCUUAAAAUUUGUAAGUUCUACUUUAUUCAUAUCUAUUUAUGAACCCUUUGGCAAAUAAUUUGUGUAUCGCCAUGUCAAAAUAAUAUAAGACCUCCAUCGAUGAAAGCAAAUGUUCAAAAUUUUAAAUUUAUCGAUAAUUAUUUAUGUGACCAAAAUGUAAUACUAAUAAUAUUUUAAUAUAUGACUUUAUUGCUCGAAAUCUAAAUCUUAUUUUAGAUAUGAGCCAUAUAUCAUUUUAACAAUUAAAGAAUUUAA